AUGGUGAUAAAGAAGGAUGUUCCUUUCAAGUACACGCUACAUCAAGGACUAUGUGAGCGGGAUCCAGUUUUGAGCACCCCUUUGAUAAUUACGGCGGGAGUAGAUGGCAAUGAAUUGCAGUACCGUCUUGACAUGCAAGUUCCAUCGCAUUCAGCUAUUGAAGGCAUGGAGGUUACUAACGUGGAGUUCCUCUUUACAAGUAGCAAAUGUAACGCGGGUAAAUCAAAUCAACAUCUUUCUAAGUGUAGCAUGUUAGUGUACUUGUACAUGCAACUGCUUGAUGGUGUAGGCAGACCCACGAGUCCACCGUUUCCUAUAUCAUGUUGCAACACCCAUACUGGGAAAGGCAUUUUUUCGUGCGUAAAGCUGCCCCUUCAGGUUAAUCAACAGUGCAGAUUCUAUUUGGUUCGAAGAAGUUGUACAGAUAGUGCUUCCCAGAGUGCUAUGGAACUUAAGGGUGUGCGCUUUACCAGUAAGUUGUACCUUUUGUAUCGUUCACCGCUGAAUUCUGCAAAAGUUCGGAGUCAGAUGGACGUACUCACAGGUGGCGAUCUAAAAUUUACGGCAGAUACCGAAGUAAUGACUUCUACCGGUGCGAAACGCAGUCGUGAGGAAUUAGAGCGAUUCGGAUCUGAAAAUUCUGAUCGCAAGGGGAAAAAAGCAAAGAGGGAAAGGGAAACGGCGACCACGAUGGAUAGGGCUUCCGAUGAUGAACCCCCAAACCUUAUUUAUGCCUUCGUGUCAGGAGGAGACAAUGAGAGUUAA